GCUGGUGUGCAGUGACUUUCGCUUUCCCUGCCGACCCGCCAACCAGCCAACCGCCAACCCGUCGACUGACUGACUGAAUGACUGACUCGCAGGCAAAUCAAAUAAAAUGAAACCCAAAUUACAGAGUCGUAAACAUUUCCUCGCAUUAUCGGCAGCUAUCAAUCUUAACUGGAGGCAAGAGAAACCAUAAAUUCGAGUUUGGAAUGGAGGAGAGGCGGCGAUGUGGCCGCCCCACUGCAAAUUGCACUGGGAGAUUCGUUGGAUUCGUUGGAGUUGACUCCGACUCGAGAAACCUUUGGCCGCAAAAGCUCAGCUACUCUUCGUUUGUGUUCGAUUUCAUUGACUCGGGAAGUCUCCCCACUCCUCAGCCUGCCACUUGAAGGCGUCAAAGCCAUGUGGGGAAUGGGCUGGCACAUGCACUUGACCCAUCAUCCGGGGCAUCUGCAUCGAGUGGAGGAGAUUUCGCCUUUGUGUGUGGAAUGGAGCAUCGUUGACCCAUUUCGAAGUGCCCAUUUGGGGUCACUACGCGGUUCCCUCCAUCCGAUGUCUUCUUGAGUGGGUAAAAAGAGGUGAAUGGCCAGGAGGUGAGAUGGUAACAACAGAUGGUGACAGCGAGAAAACAAAUUAGUGAUCGACUUAUAGACUUACCACUCGUAGAUCCAAGCAUUGGCUCUCGAACAACGCCUGUGCCCAGAUACAUUCCUGAAACUAAUUGAGAACGGAAAUGUCUUGCACAAGUUGCGCCAUCGUUGGCCAGACACUGUACCUCGGGCAUCGCAUCCCACAUGGGCAUAUAGCAUUAUGGUCGGCGGGGAACACUUGCGUCCACCGUUAGACGCCAGAUUGUGCGACAAUUUCGAGUUCCUUGAGCCCACAUACUCGCACAGACAUCGCUCCGACUUCUCCAUCCACCUCCGUCACGCACCGACCAUAAAGCCAAACGCCAAACGCCAAAGCGAGCCAAGUCAGGUGGCCAAAUGCAACUGGCCCGGCCAAUGGCGAAUGAAGAUUUAUGGCCAGCUCCAAAACGAGCGGGAACGAGACUUUGUGUUUGAGCAAAACAUGUCAUUUUUAUUUUACUGCCCAAAAUGGGCAAAAAUGCAGCCCAAGCGGCCACAUAACUCUCUUUUAUUUCGGAUUCUGCGAAGAUUUGUGCGUGACCAAAGGCGGGAGGACCGGAGGAAUCCCCAUUUUAGUCCGGCAAUGCGGAUUUGCUGCGAAAGCGGUGAAAACAUCUCCGCUGCUGCGGUUCUACACAAGGUCGAUCAGAGGCGAUCUCGACCGCAUUUCUUCUUUUCCCGGCAAGUCCCUUCGGAGAAGGACUACCCCCAGUCUAAUUAACAUUUUCAUACAAGUGUUGCUUUUUUGUUUUGUUUGGUACGUGAGAAAAUGCCGAAAUGCUGAUACGUUGAUCAGCUCAAGAACCCGAGAACUGCUUGGGCCAAACAUGGGUCUUUCUUUUCCAAUCGACCUCCUCGCACUCGACGUGGCCAGGUGUGGAAUGAAUGAUCAGCUCAGAUUGUGUUGGAGGAACAUUUAAAUGCAUCGGAGCUCCGAAGAUGGUAUCUCGCAUUUGCCACUGCUUUCGGCUCCUGCUUCUCCGUGUAUGAUAUUCACACUCCCCCAAUCUAAACUUACUCAUAGCAUGUAGGCAAUCCGAACUGUCGACCAUCAGAGGGAAAGACAUAAUCGAGCGAACCGUUCGAGAGAAGGAAAGCAGAACGCCUGGCUGCCCAGCCCAGGGACUGGCCCAAAAAAGUUGUCCAUUCGGGUCAGGGGGUCCCAGCAAGUGGGCCGCCAGGAAACCAAUCCCAUCGGAGCUAUGGAAAACUCUCGCUGGGCCUGAUCCACUUAGGGAUUGCAAUUGCACAACCAUUUGCACUUCUUAAGGCUGACUCUCUUUGAGGUGGCCUCACUGCGCUCUAUUCUUUCUGAGGGCACUUCAAUCGCCGCUUGCCGACUCGGUUCAGCUGUCCUGAUUCCUCGAUUAGAUAGUGGCGGGUCCGGAAUCCAGAAUCCUCAUCUGCAGCUGCAGCUGCUUUGGCUUUUAUUUAUUUGGCAUUUAGAGAGCAUUUUGUUGACUCUUGCUACGCGUCAAUUGGCAUUUCAAGAGCCGCAACCGUAGCAAAAUUGGGGUGAAGUCCACUUCACUUCAGGUAGAAGUGGCCCUCCGUCAAACAGUCCUCCCUUUGUAGAGGAACUUCCUGGCGUGUCGGCUUCCCUAAUUUGGAAUCGAUUCAUCCCGAGGGGCGUGCCUCUUCUGCCUUCUGCGGUGCGUGCCAGGCCCACGAAAAAUUGAUGAAUUUGGCAUAUGCCAUCGGAGUAAUGUCGCAUUGGGUUACGCGAACAUAUGGCCCAAAUCGCUUUUAACAUAGAAGAGGCACAAACCCAAAGUCAAGCUCCUACCCUCGUUUCUACUCUUAAUAAAAACUUAAUUUGGUAUGCAUUUUGUGCGCCAUAGUUAGUUAGAAUCCGAAAGAUGUCUAGAUGGGGCUGGGUUUGUUGUUCUUUUUGGCCAUUCAGGUCCUUUACCUUGACACUGAACCGCCAUGAACUGUCUUUCCCAGUAUUUGGGGAUGUGCAUUGCGCAGGCGCAAUAAAUCCAAGCUUUUUCCCGACUUUUCCGCAACCUUCUCAGCCCUCGUUGGACUGCACUCGCAGUCUAGUUUUCACCUUCCGGCAGCGACGUUUUCCAGCCGCAGUAUUCAGUUUAUAUCCCAUUUCUGAUACCAGUGCACUUUUAAAAAUGUGAUAAGCAGGAGAGUAGGAGCAGAAGCAGAAGGAGACGUGCGAAGCAGGUACACGGUGAUGUCUACAUCUACAACUGCUCGCCGGGAUCAGCGAGUGGACCUGGCUCGGCGACAGGAGCAGCGCCCAGCACGCCGCAGCAGCAGAUCUACAGCAACCAAAGCAUCUAUCAGAACCUAUCAGCCAUGAUGUCCCACCAGAACGGCAGUGGCGGCGAGUUCGAGACCUACGACAUACCCAAGCCCGCCAUGCCCGUGCCGACGAACUACGACAGUCCCAGGAGCGCGCCCCCCAGGACCCCCACCUCCGCAUCCAGCCUGGGCGCCCGCUUCGAGUCGCUCAAGAGCGUGGCCGCCUCCAUCGAGGAGGAGUCCUACGACGUGCCGCGGCCCCUGAUCUCCGCCAGCAGCCUCCUCCAGCAGCAGGUGGCGCAGAUGACGCCGAGCAGCUCCGCCUCCUCGCUGCUGACCAGCGACAGCCUCUCGCUGAGCUUCUCCAGCUCGAACCGCUCCUCGCUGGCCAACAUGCCCGACUACGACAUCCCGCGCCGCAACCCGCUUCCGGUGCGCCGCCAGCAGAGCGGGCUGGCCUACGACUUCCCCCUGCCGCCGCUGCAGGAGCAGGAGCAGCGAUCGGCGCCCAUUAGCUUGUCCACCCCCGUCGGCACUCCCGCUCCCGCUCCCAAGGAACUGCCUCUGGAGCUGAGCUCGGCCCUGGAAACGCUGGCCAAGCUUCAGCUGCAGACGACGGCCGCCAUCAGCCGACUGCUGAGCUUUGUGGUGCCCAACUGGCGCACCCGCAGCCAACUGGAGCCCGCCGUCAUGGAGCUGAAGCUGGCGGCUCUGCGCCUUCGCACCGCUCUCCACGACUUGGCCGAGUUCGGGGAGGGCGCCCUGGGCAACGCCACGCGCUCGGAGGACCGCACCCUGGCCCUCAAGCUGCGGCCCUUGGUGCGGGCCCUGCGGGAUGCCAACAAGCUGAUACACGACUCCUCCGAGUCCCUCGACGCACAAGGCGGCUGGUCCGUGGAGCAGCUGGCGCGGAGUGACGACAAGCACGGAUGUCGACCGCCGGACGCUCUGGAUCAGCUAAUGGCCUGUGCCCAGACCCUCACCGAGGACGUGCGCUCCACCACCAGCUUCAUUCAGGGAAACGCUUCGCUGCUCUUCAAGCGCCUGCCGCAGGCAGACCAGAACGGAGGAGCCGCCCCGGUUGACAGUAGUAGCGGCAGCGCCGAGUGGCUGGAGGACUACGACUACGUGGCCUUCGAGUCCAAGGACGCGGCGGCCAGGAAGAACCAGGCGCUUCGCGAGGCCAUUCCCGCCGGGCUGAAGUCGCAGUUCGACACGGUCCUCCGCACAGCCGAGAGCACGGCCAUGGACGCCAGCUCCGGGUCGAUUCCCACCACACCCACAGCACCUGCGACGCCGUGCAAGUCGCCCGAGAUGACCGACAAGGACAAGAAGCUGGUGCGCUACUACGCGCAGCAGAUCUCAACGCACAUGGGCAAUCUGAUGCAGGCGAUCGACUCGUUCCUGGAGACGGUCGAGAAGAACCAGCCGCCCAAGUUCUUCAUUGCCUACGGCAAGUUCGUGGUCGUGAGUGCCCACAACCUGGUGACCAUCGGCGACAACGUGCACCGCAACAUCUCCAAGGAGACGCUGCGGGAGAAGAUUCUCCGCUGCACCAAUGGUCUCUCCGAAGCCCUGAAGACCUGCGUGUCCAAGUCGAAGAAGGCGGCGGCACACUUUCCCAGCGGCAGUGCGGUCCAAGAGAUGGUCGACUCGGUAGUGCACAUCAACAGCCUGGCGCGGGAGCUCAAGGCGGUCAUGCUGCAGGCUGUUCAUCUAUCGGCGGCGGCGGGCUUGGGUGCCUGAGUAGGUACCGCCGCAGAGCCAGGACAACGCCAGCACCAUCCCGCCCAGUAUUAGCUGAGAGGUCUUCCAGCUUCGCCCUCGCUUUGGCGGGCGCACCCAUAUGCACCGCAGCUAUCCGAAAUUGGCAUAUCCCCAGCAAGCAGCGCUUAUAAUUUGCACUGUGAUAUUUUUGAGCAAGACAUCUGAAAAUGCACAGCACCGCAGCCAUGAUCGCCCGAUUCCUGCAAGAAUCCGGAGGAAUUCUUCGACAAGCCUAAGUUAGGAUCCUCCUGUAAAUAGUGUGUUCAUCCUAACACCAGACUUUUGUAAAUUAGAAUAUUCCCAUACACCCGCCAUGCGCACAAGCAAUGUUGUAUCAGUGAAGCAUUUCAGCGUAGUUUUGUAUACUCUAGGAUUAGCCGUACCACUUAACCAUCAUUUAUAUUACUUGCAUAGUCAGAAUCUGAAAGAUUUACACUCAACCUUAUUUGCAUUGCGCCGUGGCAACGAUAGUCAGCUAUAUACGAACUUACACACAUAAUUCAUAAAACUACCAAGUAAACUGUAACAAUAUUAGGUCUGGCAGCUUGAGACCCUUCCGAUCCUAAACUAUAAACGUGAAAUAAAAUUACAAUAAACCUAA